UUGUUACAGCGUCACAUGAUCAUGCUCCUUAGCCACAUGUUUGCUGUGACUAAAGAGAAUCUGAAUAUUUAUUUUCCAGUCAUGAAUGUUUUGUUCAGAAUACCAGGGAAUAAAGUCACGCGUUCCUAGAGUUGUAAAGUAAAUAUUCUCCCGGAUUAGUGGAGUGUCAAAUGUCCUGAAGUACAUGAUUGAAUGCUAAUCCUGAAUACACACAGGUGUGUUAGUGUCUGAACCAUCCAGGUGAAAAGUUUGAUUUGGCAAGGAUACUGACUUACAGACAAGAGAGAGAAAGUAGUGCAUUACUGACAAAAGGAAGUACUUAGUUACAAAAGAAAGUGCUUAAUUGCCAACCAAAGGAUUUCGUGUGUGGUGAUCAUGGGGAAACUGUUCCUGAUGAAAGGGCUCUGCUCACGCUCCUCCUUCUACGUGGGCUUCCUGGUGGGAACGUUUUCUCUGUAUAUGAUCCUGAACCAGGCCUGGUUUUUGCGGAACGUCUACCCCCAACAUGACGACGUGGACCUGAGGAAACUGGAGGAGGAGCACAAGAAAUGGAGGAAGGAGAAGUUUGCGCUGUUUAACCUCAACCACCCGCAUCACAUCGGUGAGGACAGCGCCCUGGCGGAUUCCCUGUAUAAGCGUGUACGGGUCCUGUGCUGGGUGAUGACGGGUCCCAGCAACCUGGAGAAGAAAGCUCGUCACGUGAAGGCCACGUGGAGUCGGCACUGCAACAUCGUGGUGUUCAUGAGCUCGGUGGACGAUCCGGACUUUCCCACCAUCGGACUCAACACCAAGGAGGGCCGCGACCAGCUGUACUGGAAGACCAUCAACGCCUUCCACUACGUGCUGGAGAAGCACGGCACCGACGCCGACUGGUUCCUCAAAGCCGAUGAUGACACGUACCUGGUGGUGGACAACCUGCGCUGGGUGCUGGCCAACCACUCGCCUGAUGAGCCUGUGUACUUCGGGCGCCGCUUCAAGCCCUUUGUCAAGCAGGGGUACAUGAGCGGCGGCGCCGGGUACGUACUAAGCCGAGAGGCGCUCAAGAGGUUCGUCGAGGGCUUUCGCACCAAAACAUGCACUCACACGUCCUCAGUGGAGGACCUCGCCCUGGGACAGUGCAUGGAGAAAGUAGGCGUGGUCGCCGGAGAUUCCCGGGAUACGCUCCAGAGAGAGACGUUUCAUCCGUUCAUUCCGGAUCAGCACCUCACUUCCAAAUUCCCCAAGAGCUUCUGGUACUGGAAGUACUGCUACUACCCCAUCACUGAGGGUCCUCAGUGUUGCUCGGACCUGGCCGUGUCGUUUCACUACGUGGGCGCGAACAUGAUGUACCUGUUGGAAUAUUACACCUACCACCUGCGUGCCUUCGGGUAUCAUUACCGCUACCAGCCUGCGGAUCUGAGCCCCGUCCUGCUGUCACAGCACGAGCAGAAACAUGACGCCCAGUUACAGGAAGCAGAAAAACACCCCAAUCCUGAGCACAGCAACUCCUGAAGAUUUUUUAUUAUUAUUAUUAUUAUUAUUUUUAAUUUAGGAUUUUUUUUCGGGACUCCUGGAAUUAUUUUGUUUUAUUAUUAUUAGUUUUAUUCUGAGGGGGGAGAGCAUGGUAUUUUUCUGGUGGUUCUUUUUUCAGGGUCAUGAAACUUGUAUUAAGUCUUGAAUUACGUGUGUGUGUGUGUGUGUGAGAGAGAGCUGCAUUGAAUUUACAUCCAGAUCUGAUAGUGUUUGAGUGCUGACAGCCUAAACAUGUAUAGUGCCUCUAUUCAGAAAGUGUGUGUGUGAGACAAAAUUAUUGAAAAUGCACAUUGUGGGCCGUUUACUUGUAGGCCCAGAGUGACUCUGUAAACAGUCUUUUGUUUGCUUGGGCUAAAGGAUGGUGGUUGUCACGGUAACAAAGCUAGCAGUGAACAAACUAGCUUUCCGUGUUAGCAAUAUGUUUAGCUUGUUGAAUUGUUGGGUGUGGGGAGGAUGUGGCUUGGAUUUUGGAUUUGCAUACUCAUGAAUAUUCACGCAGCUCCACACGUUUUGGUGCAGAAACGUUUCUCGCAUGUUUUCUCGUCCAUGAAACGUCACGCGACUGUUUGUUUGGAAAUUGAAUGUCAAUGUCCAUGAGUUACCGCAGCGCAGGAUAAACAAAGGUAUUCGAGGUGAUAAAGGCACCCUGGUGUAACCUGUGUGAGCAUAAACGUGGCUAUCGUGACGUAAUCCUCUGUCCUGUCGGAGGUGUAGCGUGUGACUUGGGGGGAAAAAAACAAAACGGAUUCAGAGAAAAGAGCAGAAGUCAUCACUCCUACUUUUUGUUUUGAAACGAGUAUUAAAGGUUUAAUAUUUAGCAGAAGGCGGCUAGUUCAAGAGCUGUGUGAAUCCCUCGCUGAUGGCCACGCCCAUUUCUCAGCUCACUUGUUCACUCCUCACUUCGUCAGUUGCCUGUAUAAACGUGGCUCAGUGUGUAACUCACUCAAGCCGAGGUCACAACCGGACGUACGAUUUUUUUUGGCCGUGCGAUUUUUGGCGUUUCCCAAAUCGCUGCGUUUUUUUUUUUUUUGUGGAGAAAGACGCACGUUGGCCGUAAGUUUGUCUUGCAACCUGAAAAAAACGUAAGCGCCCGUAGAGUUUGUUUGACAUGACAAAGAACCUCUGCGGCCGGUCUGUGGCUCGAAAAUCAGCACGUCACACGCGUGCCUUCCGUGCGUUUUUUGCACGUAGACCGGCCGUAGGAGCACGUACGGCCGGUUGUGACCGAGGCAUCAGCCGAACAGGAUUAGAUCAUAGAACAGAGUCAGGACAUCUGCUCCACACGCUAACGUAAACCUCAACCUGGCCUGAAGGGGGCGCUAAUACGGCAGACUGCACCCAGUCACCCAAUUCCUCGAAAUCAGAUAAAAACAUGACGACAGGCAGCAGGAUGGAGAAUAACCAGUUUGUGUUGGUUUAGUUUCCACGUGGUGGUGUAAAACGAGUAUUAUCGCACGUACGCACGCGUGCACACUUUAUAUGGCUACAAGCUGCAGCUUUCGCAAUCAUGACGUCGUGUUUUAAAUGUAGCUGAGCUGGAAUCUGACACCUCACUGCUGUGUAAGUGGGUUUCUUUUAGGAUUAAGAGCAGAUGUUAUACCAUAAGGUUGCCAUGGCCUAAAGGUCAGAGAAGCAGCCUUGGGACCAAAAGGUUGCCAGUUCAAUUCCCUAACCAUCAGGAAUGGCUGAAGUGCCCUUGAGCAGGGCACCUGCCCCCCAGGCUACUCUGGGUAUAGCGCAUGUCGCUGUGGAUAAGAGCGUCUGCCAAAGGUUUAAAUUGCGUGUUCGGACGUGAAAUCUUCCCAAAACUGUUCAUGUUGAUUUUAUCUUUAAUGCAGUAAAAAGUACUUCUGGCUACGUUUUGACGUUUUCCUGAAGGUUUUGUCGAAUCCGUACGCCGUCAGAGAGAGACGGUGGAAAAGUCGUUCCGUCUCGGACUAGUUUUCGGCCUUAAUUGAACUUUUCAUCAAAAGCCACGUUUUCUGUUCUUUUCCAGGUCAUGGUCCGUUACGCUCGCACACUGCGGGGAGAGAUUAGGGGACGCGUUUAAACAGGAAAAAAAAACAAAUACUGCACCUUUUAAUGUCUCUGACUUUCUUCGACUUUUCCUGACGGAGUUGAUCACCGAGGUGUUGGAUGAUCGAGGAGCCGAGAAUACACUUUUCCUGAAUCAACAAAUUCCGACUGAGAUGUGAAACAGUGAUUAAUACAUGGACUUUGGCUCCAAUUAACCUUGAAGUAAUUAAUUUUGUUAUGGAAACCAAAUCAGUUUUACUGAGGGCUGAUCAUUACAAUCGGGACACAGUGGAUGGAUUAAGAUGAUUAUUAUUAUUAUUAUUAACUUUAAGGUAAAUGGGAACAAAUGUGUGAACUGAUGUUUGCAUCGCUCUGUAUUAAUAUUUUUGUAUUUAAAGGGGUGUGUGUGUGUGUGUGUGUGUGUGUGAAGGAAAAUUUUGUACAGAAACUUUCCAGCAGUCUUUAUUUAUAGAUUCAUAAAUGAACAAAAUCACUGCGGUACACUCACGCGGAUAUUUAAUAAAGACUUAUUUUAGCAUAAA